AUGAGCACGCGGGGUGGCGUCGCUCCACUUCCCCGGCAGGAGGAGGAGAGAAAGCAAGGGGGUAAAGCGGAGAGGGGUGGCUCGGCGUGCGGAGGGGAGGGGAAAGGGCGCCAGGCUCGGCCGCCACACCUGUGGGCCGCGCUGCCCCUCCGCCCUUCAGUGGCCCUGCGUGCCGGGGCCGCUCACCGGGUCGCUCUAACGCAGCUCUCUCUGUCUCUCCUCCCCCUCCAUCUUCCUCUCCCUUCUGCUCCUCAUUCAUUCUUCCCCCUUUCCCGCCCCUUCCCUGUUGCAGGCGGAGCGGGCCCGGCAGGAGGCGGAGCGGGCCGCCGCACGUCCCCCGGCCGGUCGGCCGGCCCCCCCGCCAUGGGUCGGAAGCGCUGCGUGGGGGGAGACGGCUCCAAGAUGGCGGCGGGUUGCUGCGGGGUGAAGAAGCAGAAACUCUCCAGUUCCCCUCCGUCGGGCUCGGCCGGCCCGGGAGGCGGCGGCAGCGGCUCCCGCUGCGGCGGGGCGGCGGCGGCGGGGGGCGAGCCGGGGGCGCUGCCCCCGCCCGGGGGCCCCCGCCUGAACGGCCUCGGGGGGCUGGCGGGGGGCGCCGCCGGCUGCGCCCUUUCCCCGCCGCUGCCGCCCAGCUGCGGCGGGGGCCCCGCCGGCCUCUCCCCGCCGGCCUCCUCGCUGCUCUCCUCCCCGGGCGCCGGCUCCGGCGGGCCCGGCUGCAGGAAGAUGGUGGUGUCGGCCGAGAUGUGCUGCUUCUGCUUCGAUGUGCUCUACUGUCACCUGUACGGCUACCAGCCCCCGCGGAGCCCCCGCUUCACCAACGACCCCUACCCACUGUUUGUAACGUGGAAGAUCGGUCGAGAUAAGCGAUUGCGUGGAUGCAUAGGUACUUUUUCUGCCAUGAACCUGCAUUCAGGACUCAGGGAGUACACACUUACUAGUGCCCUUAAAGAUAGUCGUUUCCCCCCAAUGACGAGGGAUGAGCUGCCACGGCUUUUCUGCUCAGUGUCUCUACUCACUAACUUUGAAGAUGUAUGUGACUACAUGGACUGGGAGGUGGGUGUACAUGGCAUUAGAAUAGAAUUCAUCAAUGAAAAAGGAUCAAAACGUACCGCCACCUACUUACCGGAGGUUGCAAAGGAGCAAGGUUGGGACCACAUUCAAACCAUAGAUUCCUUAUUGAGGAAAGGAGGCUACAAAGCUCCAAUUACCAAUGAAUUCAGGAAAACAAUAAAGCUAACCAGGUACCGUAGUGAGAAGAUGACGAUGAGCUACACAGAGUACCUUGCCCAUCGUCAGCAUCAUCACUUCCAAAAUGGUAUUGGGCACCCCCUUCCACCAUACAACCAUUAUUCCUGACACUGAGCCGCAUGACCAGUCACUGGACCUCUCUGCAGACCUCUUCCCAGGAGACCCUGCCCCUUCCUGGUCUAGCUAUCUCUAUUACUGUACCAUUUUAUGAUGAUAGUUUCCGUUGCCAUGUUGAAGCUCCUUGGGUGGUGAAGCUCCUCAUGGCAACGGGAGGGAAAACUGCAUUGCUACCAAGAUCCCAUCCUUUUUUAUUAUUGAGUCACUGCAGAUUUUUUUGCAGCAUCUACAGCCCUUGGGUUUUUUAUGAAAUUGUCAAUUUCUACUUCGUUACCAUUGAAUUCUAUCAAUCAAGGCUUUCUGUGACUGUGGAUGGAAGGAAGAGUGUAAGGGUUACAGUUAGGGAUGCUUUGCCGAGCGAAAAGGCUUUUGCGUGGAUAGGUGUGACAGGGAAUGGAACAUAUCACAUUCAGGUAUUCUGUUAGACAAUGAACUGCGUUUUCAUAACCUUGCUGAUCGUGUUGUGUACAAAUAUCUCACCCCCACAGUGAAGAUUUCAUGUAGCUACAUACAUGAUCUUCAGAUCCAGCGCGUACAGCCAAAAUGUCGAAGCUGACGUACAAAAUGCUUGUUUGGGAUGAAGAGAAGCAAUUCUGUGUACAAGAGGUGAUGUUAAGGUGGCAGUGCUUUCAGAAUCGAGUGCUCUGACUGACAGGGCACGACACAGCCCAGCAGGCACCCGGCUGCCUCCGUCUCCCCCUCUGCUGGGAGCACAGGGCAGCCCAGGCUGGGAUGGUUACGAGCAGACGAUGCCUUUCUCAUGAUCUCAAAUUUAGGAAUGACGUUUGUUUUUCAAAACAGGUUGGUGAGUAGCAGAUGUCUUAUUAGGAAGAAAAUGGAUUUAGAUUUUAGUGCCUUUGCCUAUGACAUAACUAUAUACUUAUAUAUAAAACUCAUAGAAGAAAUAUAGCAAAUAUGCCAGCCAUUCUGAGGCUCUGUGAGCAGAGUCUGCUCUGGCAGCAGCUGCCUGGGGAUUUUUUUUAAAGUGAGAUGUUGUGGGGGUUUUUUAACUAGCAAACCUGUUGUGGAAAAGAAAAACCCCUGGUUCAUUCUUCUGCUUUUGAACUUGUUGAGUUUUCUCCAAUCAUGACUAGCUAGAUAGAGUUCAUUAUUGUUUUUAAAACAUAAACUGUUGUGAAAGAGCACAGGGCAAGAACGCCACAAUUGUACACGUGUUCAUCCAUGGCAGGAAUAGUACUUGAGAGCUCUAAGUACUGUGUAAUAGUAGUGAUACCCCUCCACACGGUAGAAGAAAGAAAACGGAUUGGAGCUUUUUCCUGCUCUAAAACUAGGAUUUAGAGAAAAGGUGUGAGUUGAGUGGAUCAUUUGCGAGCCCAGGAUGUGGCAGGAGCGAGCUCCUCGCCCGCGUGCCUGCAGAACUCCCCCAGUACCUGUCGCAGUUCAGUGCAUGUUCUAGAGGACAACACAUGCCAUCUGUUACAGAAAAGACCUUCCUAAUACAAGUGAGUGAAAGAUAAGCAGCAAUUGCAGCUAUUUUGAAUCAGAAAUGUGUGUAACGUAGAGACACGUACAAGUCAAAUAGAGAAAAUGAAUUCAAUCAGGCUAACUGGAAGAGUGUUUCAAAAGGGUUUCCAAAGCAGGAGUGGAGAAACUACGCUCAUCCCUUACUUAAGGUUACCUUUGUGACUUAGUUUCUACGGAGGUUCUCGUAGAAGGUCUUUGGUGUUCCUUCAUCCACAGCAUUUGAUGUCCAAAUAUUAACAUUUUCAGUUGUGAUGCCUUAAUUUCUAAGCAGAGGGCCUGAGAUUUCAGGAGCCAAGAGAUGCCAGCCAAAAGCUGCAAAAAUGAAUAGAUGUUUAUACAGAGGCUAUUUUGGAUGAUACUGUUGUCUUGUUUCUACUUGGGGAACACUUUGAAAUGGAAUUAGUCUUCAAGUGGAAAUUAUGAACGAGUGGCUACCUGAUAGAGUUGUGUUUUUGGGUUGUUGGGUUUUUUUUUCCUUGCCCUUAUAGGGAAACUGAGCACAAACUGAAUUGUUCUGCUGCAAAAAAAGAGUCAUCCCACCCCAUUGUUUAUCUGUCAUCUCGUUACAGCACGCUCAUGCCUCUGGAUGAGUUCAUUGUUAGAAGUUUUUUAGAAAGAUCUAUUAUAUAUUAAGAAUCUCUAUGUAUUGAAAGGUGCUAAUCAACCUCAAGCAGGUCACGUGACUGGUCAUGCGGAUCUAGAAACCAUAUCAGAUUUUUUAACAGAUCUUCGAUAUAUGCAGAUGUUAUACAGAAUUUCUUACCAGUGUAAUAAUGAUAUACCGAGGAAUAAACAAUCCUGCAGGGUUUCAAGGACAAGGUCAGCAAUACUUCCCACCAUGGCUUGGGGGAGAAAAGGAUCGUUUUUGUCUCCUUUUUGUAUCCAGCAGAAUGCACAAUGCAUUUUUUUUUGUCUAUCUCUCAGUAGCUGUUGCUUCAAACUCUAGUGAAAAGGGUGUUAUACAAACUGUAAAGGUGUGCUUUCGAAACGAGGCAAUGCCAGACCCUUCUGGACCAGUUUUGUAUCACCGAUUAAAAAGCUGUUACAGAGGCUGUGGUCAGUCAGAUUGUAUGAUACUGGUUUCUUGAAACGACUGGAACAAGCAGUGUAUCUAGUGUUUUAGGGCACCUACCUCCUCAGCAUGCAAGUGCUGAACACGCUACGGAUUGUUUCUGUGUAAUCGUGGGUUGCUUUGUACCAGACGUGCAGUUCACUGUGACAUGCACUGGGACAGAAUAGGUCUGUUGGCUUAAAGCUCAUCAACAAUUGCUUUUCUAACUGUCAUUCCCUCAUAGGUAUGUUUAGUACCCUUUUAGAUAUAUUGCUGGCUUUAGAUACAGAUUGUUUAACUCUGUGUUUCAUUUGGGGUACUUUACCAGAAGUUAAGGUACAACCAAGUAGCUUAUUUCACUGUUUUUUAAGUUGGGAUGCUGGUUCUUUACGAGCACUACUCAGUUUGCCUUAUUCCAUUAAAGAGAUUGUUGGGGUUUUCCUUUUCAAUUAACGUUCCAAAAACCCCCCUGUUCUGUAAACUGAGGUGGAGACAAACAAAACCGUAGACUUGAUGUGAAACUCUUAAACUUAAGUCACUCUUCAAGUGGCCUUCCUUCUGCCCGGACUGCCGUAGCACUGACUUCUCACCAUCUUGCCCCCCACCACUGAGCAGAGCAGGGGGAGGACACACUGGAGUUCUGACCUCAGAUGAUACACUAUGAACUGGAGGCAGUCGAGCCCCUUUGCACACCCUGCUGUUUGUAUACGGACCUCUCUACUUGUCUUCAAACGUGCAGGUUUCUCAACUUGUUGUCUGGAGUAGGUGACAUCUCUUAAUGUGUUGUUAGAUCGAACCAAAGAAGCCUCCAGCCAUGCCCAAAUGCUGCUCCUAAAGCCUGCCUUCCAGUCCUCCCAAAAGCCCUGCAGGAUUAAAUGUGUUAAACUUUUUUAUUUUUGUACAGUUUCUAACUGAUUUUUUGCUAGUGACGUUAAUUACGUUUCUCUGGGGGGCCUGGGUGGCUCCUCCGUUGGAAUAAACUGGUGACUUUCCUUUUAUGUUUAAGAAAAUAAAAAGGUUUAAAAAAAAUCACAAAAAAAAAAAAAAAAGAGAAACCCAAAGUGUGCCUCUCUCAAGAUUUAAGGGUUUCUGGUUACAAUUAUUCUUAAGACCAGCAAUGAUUCUUUAUAUACAAAGAUAUGUUUUCCUCGUUUUUUAUUACUGUUCAAGAAGAAAAAGGAAGAACCUCUUUCUUUGCUCUGCACCCAGUAAUUGUGCUGGUACAUAAACGCACUGAGAUAAACAAACUUUGGUUUGGAACUUUUGUAACAACUUAUGACUGUUUUUGUAUAUCAAAGUUGAUUCUUUUCAAGAUAUUUGGAUCUAGUUUCUAAGUUAUUUUAGUGUUUUAUAUGUUACAAGAAAAAAAAAAGAUACGUUGAAUUUCAAUUGUUCACCAGCAGCUUGAGUUACCUUUAAUGCAAUGGUGACACACGGUGGGCUGAGAGCUACCUGGUGUAGCUCCUGAGGCCUCUCUUUUCCUUCCUUCCUUCCUUAGUAACUUGAUUGAUUACAGUAAUAUCACAGAUUACCUGAACCCCCUUCCUUUAUAACUAGAUCCUCCUUCCUUCCACAUUUAAUUGCUAUUAGUGUGAAGAAACUGUUGAAAUGGGCAUUUUAAUAUAAGUAUGGCUUAAAAAGAGAAAAAUGAGGAAAAAGCAACAAAAAAAAAAACCAUAUAGAAGGUUAUCUGUGGGUCUGUGAGAUAUGGCUGUGGAAAGAUAUUGUAGUAGUUUUAACACUAUUGUUAUUACCUUUUAAAUCAUUUACCCAAUAAAAUACAGAAGA